GGAAAGUGAAGAAGUGUGAUCCUCUUUUCUCUUGUUAUACUUGAUGAUACUGCAGAUAAAAUGGAAAUAUCUGUGAUACGCUUCAUCAUCCUGGGAGUCAUCUCAGGUUUAACCAAAGGGGCUGGUGUGUUGCCAGCUGGUCCUCUGAAUGCAGCUGUGGGAGGCACGGUGAUGUUCAACACAACAGUGACUCCAACAGAAAAUCCAUUUGUAUCAAUCAACUGGAAUGUUAAUGAUAGACUUAUAAUCACUUCAACAAGUGAUGGAAAGAUCACUACACCAGAGUAUGAAGGCAGGAUAACCCUCUUCACCUCUACUGGAUCUCUAGAGCUCAGGAAUCUGGCUCUUAAUGACAGUGGAGAAUACAGAGUUAACAUUACACAAGAGGGAGCAUCACAAAUGACUGGAAGCAUCAGACUGGAGGUUCUUGGUCACUUGCCCUUCCUCAUGUGUCACCGGUCUGAUUGUCGUCCCCGCCCUGAUUGUUUCCACCUGUUCCCCAUUACCUUGUGUAUAUAUUGUCUGUGUCUCCCUUUGUCUUGUUUCGUCUUGUUCGUUUGCCUAAGCCCUCAUUGUCACAGUCCGUUUGCCAAAAGAAAGAAAUUGUGUUGUCACCCAGAUCCCUUCACCAGUAUAUGCGAACAGAUAAACUCAAUGAAUUUUCCCUUUGAAGCAGGUCUUUGCUAUGGAGCCGGUGUACUCACUGUUGACUUACUUCGUGGAGCAGCAGGCAAGAGUGUGACCUUCGCAACAUCUGUUAAACCGACCACUGAACCAUUUAUGGCACUGCUUUGGACCUUCAGUGGUACCAUCAACAUCAUAACCUCAACCAGUGCGGAUAUAGUGGGACAAGGCUAUGAGGGCAGGAUCAUCCUGGAUAAAUCUACUGGAUCUCUGGUGCUUAAAAAUGUGACUGAAAAGGACAGCGGAGAAUAUGAGUUAAUCAUAAUCCCAUAUGGAGCAGAGCAAAUUCAAGGAACUGCAAAGCUGGAGGUGCAAACCACAGUGUCAGUACCCACUAUAGCCUGCCCCACGGAAAACCCAACAGAAGGUACAACCUCUGUAAACCUAACCUGUGAUGCUGACGGCUCAGCAUCUACCAGAGUGUGGAUGAAAGACGGCCAACCUCUGGUUUCUGGAAAGAGAUUCAGCUUCUAUGAUGGCAACAGAGUGCUGUCUAUCAGUCCUGUGGACAGGAGCGAUGCCGGAGAGUUUCUUUGUAAUGUCAGCAAUGAUCUCAGUUCUGCGACAGCCAAAUGCCAACUUACAGUCUAUUAUGGACCUGACAGACCAACAAUCAGUCAGUGGCCAAUACGAGAAGAGCUUGAGGAGAGUGUUACUCUUAUAUGCUCUGCUGCUUCCUUGCCCAAGGCAACUUUCUUUUGGAAGUUCAAACACAUGCAGAUGAACGGGCCUGUGCACUACAUCCAUGAGAUGGAAAUGAUGCACCUGGGGAGGUAUACCUGUACUGCCCGAAAUCCUGUCACUGGUCUGGAAGCCUCUGUGUUCCACACCCUGAGUGGUAUUUGAGCUCGCUUUCAUUUUUUUCUAACUUAUUAAUACUGAUGUGUGAUUGCAAAUAAUGGAAAAGACAGAGUAAUGUUUUUUUCAUCUGAUCCAGACUCCUCUACUACCAUCAGUGUUUCUAUGUCCAUGUUGGUUUGCACUGUUCUGACCUCGGUGGGACUGAUAUUGGUUUAAAGACUGUCUGUGGAAAUAGAUGUUAUAUAACACGCUCGCUCAUUUUGAUCAAUAAUUGUGUUCAUUUUGAUUAUGUCUGUGUUUAUCGCUCAGUACAGGUGUAACAUUCAUGAAUGUGUUUAAUUUUGUUUAAUUACUUAUAAGUGUCUCAGUUUUUAUUUUAAUUUUAUAAAAGACAAUCAUUAAUUGUGUUAAUGGCGCCUCUCACACCUCUCAUGACGGAUUCAGCUUUAAUAAAUCCAU